CAAAGAGAGGUAAAAUUACACAUGAACAAUGUUAGAAUGGUUUGAAUAAAACUGGACACGGACCGUAUGAAACCCAACUCGUGCGGCCCACCCCACCGUGCUCGUUAGUUGCAUUUGGUUCCAUUGGCGUCGAUUUGUGGUCUCGCAUCAUAGGGCCAGGCCGCAUGCUUAGCUUUCCUUUAUCCAGAUUUUACUUCAAAAUCGUCAGUCAAAGAUCAGUUAAAUCGAUUGAUUGCAUUAUAUCCCACUUUCUAAGAAAAUAAGUGCUUCCAUGAUACUGGUGGGGAAUCUGUCCGCAACGAUACAAUACUAGAGAAUACUCAAGCAAGGUAUGUCCAUAUGUGUUUGAUGUGAAAAUGUCCGAGAGCUUGAGGAUUUUCUCAGUAGUAAGGGCAUGAACGUGAGAGUUACACACUUGGUAUUUGCAAAGGCAACGUUUUAUACUUGGCGGUCUACAUUCGGCCACUAAUCUCAGAAAGAUCAAUACUUAGAAGUUGAGGCUGUCUUUUCAGGGUUUGUGGUUGAGGUUUUUCUUAUGUUGGGCCUUCCAGUUCGGAUAUCUUUUAAUACUCAAUUGGAACAGACAGAUCAUUGAAUAAAUGUCGAAUAAUUAAUACUCUUGAAGGUGAAAAUCUUUUAGCUAUCUUUUCAAGUUUGAAGAUGUUGGUAGUGUUUAGAACAACGCCAGUGCCGCCAAGAAUGAUUAUUUUUCCCUUGACAAUGGGAUUGAUCAACUGCAUUGUUUAAUGUAAAUAACAUAUCUAAUUGCUGGAUGUUUUUAGCCACACGCACAUACAUACACGUGCCUGUAUUUGUUUAUUUCUUUUUGUUUGAGUAGAUGAUUUGAAAGCUUAUUUUACUUUCUCAAUUACUCGUCCCGUGUUCAGGUUUUUGUUCAUCGUUUAUAUCAUGAAAGGAGAAGAAACAUCAUGGGUCAGUCAUUGCUAUGACCACAUUUCGAGAGAUAGUAAUCAUAGUCUUGGGUUCAAUCCAUCAUCAUCAUCAUCAUCCAUGCGCAAUGACGAAAGCGAUGGUGCUGUAGUCCCAGUUCUUAUUGAUGUGAUAUUGCCCGAUGAUCUGUUGGAGCGGAUUCUGGCCUGCCUGCCCAUUGCCAGCCUUUUCAGGGCCGGAUGUGUCUGCAAAAGGUGGCACGAGAUAGUGAACUCAAAGCAGUUUUUAUGGAACUUCUCACAGGUCCUGCCAAAGAAACCUUGGUAUUUUAUGUUCACAAGCCCAUAUGAGCCUAUUGGUUAUGUCUACGAUUCCUUCCUCAGGAAGUGGUAUCGGUUUGAACUCCCGUGCAUUGAGACCUCUAGUUGCUUCAUUGCCUCGUCUUGUGGAUUAGUCUGCUUUAUGGACAAUGACAGUAGAAGCCAGCUCUGCAUAUGUAACCCCAUAACCAAGCGCAGCAAGAAGCUUGAGGAGUUUGCAGAUCUCAGGUUUUCUGACUACAGUGCUCUGGCAAUCUCAGUUGAGAGGAAGGCUCAAAGGUGCGACGUGACUUACAGCGUUGUGGUUCUCAAGUCUAAACAAGUGCCGGGAAACUUCUUUCAGUGGGAUCUGUCCAUCCACACAUACGACUCAGAAACAAUGACGUGGGCAACCCCGUUCACAGAGAGAUUAGAAGGGUGGAGGGGUGGGGACGAGAGCGUAAUUUGCGAUGGCAUAUUGUAUUCUUUGAUCUACUCCACGGGAGGCGGUCCUGCAGAAAACCGACACGGGUUGGUAUCUUAUAAGCUGACGAGCAGAGGGAGGGAGGGUUCGUUGAUGAGGAGUUUUGUGCCGGUGCCGUGUUUCCUGACGUGCGGUCGGUUGUUGAACCUCAAGGGGAGGCUGAUAAUGGUGGGAGGGAUUGGGAAGCCGGAUCGCUCGGAUGUUAUAAAGGGGAUUGGGAUAUGGGGGUUGCUGAAUGAUGAAGAUGAUGGUGAGGGUGGUGGGGGGAAGGUGUGGGAGGAUAUAGCGCGAAUGCCACCGGCGUACUUCCACGGAUUUGGGGAGUUUGAUGAUGUGUUUGCGAGCAGCGGCGGUGAUGAGCUGGUAUACAUCCAGAGCUACGGAGCCCCUGCACUUCUUCUGUUUGACGUGAAGCAGAAACAGUGGAGGUGGUCGGUCAAAUGCCCCGUCUCUAAAAGGUUUCCCCUUCACCUCUUUACUGGCUUCUCCUUUCAACCCAGCCUCCAUGUCUCUCCCUGACUCACACCGCUUUCAAAACCUCCUCUUCUUCUUCUAAGUUCUAACUAACUAACCAUAUAUAUAUAUAUAUGGAUUUUUUUUGCUCAUCUCUUUCCUUCCUACUACCCCUGCCCAUAAAUUUUCAUUCUAGAAGAAGAUUUUUUUUUUGAAAGCUUUAUUCAAGAAGUUGAAAGGUUUAUUAUAUAUAUAGGUGUCUGUGUCUGUGUCUGGUGAAAUGAAUUAUCAAUCUCAGU